AUGGCGAACCUAGCAGAAGGCUCGCGGUACUAUCACUAUCCCUUGCAUCGAUGUGGCAUGAUGGUCUUCACGCCGACGCCCGCGGCUGGCCUUUACCUGCUUCUGUGCCGCUACUUGACCUGGCACUUCCAAGAAGUUGCGGCCAUGGCAAGUGCAAUUUCUGAAGUCUCGGGGCCGGAAGAACGGCAGCUUUGGGAAUGUUUGAGCGUCUUGCAGGGCGAGUGCCACGCCGACGCUGUGGCUUGCAGGCUGCAUCUGACCCUCGCAAGCUUGGCCUUUGGGAAGCAAGCCCGGCCACCCUGGGAUGUGGUGAAGCAGCUGAUGGAGUACUCAUCAAAAAGGCACUUGGUCUCCGCAGCUUGCGCACUCCCAGCCCACGGCGAGUUGGUGCUGCAGAACUUGCCAGAGGCUUCCCUGCCAUUGCUUGCGACACGGCGGCAGAUGUUGGAGCAUCUUCUCGUCAGGAUGCAGGCUUUGAUCGUGUGGCGUACCGCCACGUGCUUGGAGAGGCCUGAAGGGGAGCGCCCAGUUGUGGAGGGCAGCGCUGCUCUGCGGUUCCUAGACGCGCUCUUUGGGCGCACGGGCGCCGCUUCCUCUGGCGGACUCUUCGCCUUCCGAGGAUCUUUCUUCCUGAUCUACGAGCUCUUCACGGGCACCCUUGAGGUGAAAUUGCUCCCUGAGGACAAGCCCAGCGUCCUGGCCUCAGCCCUCCUGCGCCUGGUGGCUGAAGGCACGGCCACAAACGGCGCCUCGCAGAUGGAGAUGGCUGUUCUCCGAUCCCUGGAUGCCAAUGAGGAGGUCCGCGCCGAGAUGCCACUAUGGGGCUCCGCCGCGGCCAAACGUGUGUGGCAGGUGGGCGCUCUCAUUAAGGUGGACCACGACUCCUCCUCACGCUUGCUCAAGAAUGCCGUUAAGCACUUGAAGCAGUGUCAGCAGUACCUUCGGCCAGGGACACAGUUUGCACCAUUCCAGAAAGCUGAUGGCAAGCUGGUGAUUGAUCCGGGAGACCUUGGCCAUCGCCGACAAUGGGCGCCGCCGCUGACAGAAGAUGUGAACUGUAGCAGCAGGGCAUUUGAAGCGAAGACUUCGAGCAUGUCUUGUCUGGGUUCAUGCCCUCUUGCACAGAUUGUGAACGAGUGCUGUGGCCGGGACCCAUUGCAGCUCAAGCGUAACUUCUCUGAAGGUGCUUGCAGUGGAGUUGAGAACAACAAUAAUGAUGUGAACGACGGUAAGAAGACGAAUUGCCAACUACUCAAGCUGUGGUUACAGAAGCUUUCCGGGCCUCAUGCGGAUCCAAACUUUCGCUUCGUGGCUUUACCUCCAGCCCAAAGAACGCUGAGCCGUUUGCUCGGCGAGCUGGGUCUCUUCUUGUCUAAUCCAGCACCCCGCGAGACCGUGCAGGAGCAGGUGGUACAGCCCCCGCGCCUGGCCAAACUGGUCGAUGCACUUCGCAGCCGCGGCCAGGAAGAUACACGCCAGGCCACGACCCUGAUCAUGGAGGUUGUGGAGGAAGCAAACUGUGGCAGUGCUACUGACUGGCUCUGGCGUCGCUGUGGCGUAGCUGUGCAGCUGAGCUUUAGCAGUCUGGUGGCUGCCCUCAUGGCCUCAGAGCCCACCUGCAGCGACGCAUUGUACAGAGCCAACCAGGAGAUGAAGGAGGACAAGCUGAGUCCUCUUUUUGAGAAGGUAGCUCAGGCAUUGGCCUUGAUCGUACGAGUUGGCCAAGUUACCCGUGCCAUGGAAAAAGCCUUGGACCUUCAAAGUGCUAUCAGCAGGCGGAGCGAGCCACUCAUCAUCUCACUCAAAGUGCGAGCCUUGAGUGAGGAAUUGCUGGCCAGACGUCACCACAGUCGAGCUAAUGGGUCUUGGGUACUCUUCGACCCUCGGCUGCUGGUCUUCGAGUUUCUCUUCGACAUCAUGCUGCGAGAGACACAGGUACGCAUCCUGGGGACCUUCCUCCACAACGCCAAGGCGGGUAGGUCAAUGACGCACCAGAUGAUCAUGGGAGACGGGAAGACAACUGUGAUUGCACCUCUGCUGGCGCUGAUUCUGGCAGAUGGUAGGUCGUUAGUCUGUUCCUGCAUGCCGGCCUGCUUGGCCGAAAUGACGCGCUCGGUCUUGACCAAAUGCUUCUCUUCGCCAGUGGCCCCCCGCGCUGUCAUCACCUUCAAGUUUGGCCGAACAUCACAUGCGGACCGGGGGCUUUUUGACAAGCUGGAGGCGCACGGGUUGCAGGAGUAA